AUGUCGAAGCACAGUUUCGAAGAAGACCUUAAGCCAAAGUCGGUGUUCGUGGAAGAUGCAGAGGCGGCCCAAGCGGAUCUGGGCAGCUAUAGUCGCAAUGUCAAUGCAAGGUACGACCAAGUGACUUUAAUUGCGGAAGAAUAUGUCCGAGCUAACGAAAAAUUGACUGGCAGGAUCUCCAAUCCUCUUGCUGGUAUUGCCAAAGUUGAUCUCUACGAUCGCGUGCUCCGCUUCUGCCAGGAAUUUGGAUUCGAAGACCAUAUCGAAACGUUUCAGAAAGGGGCGCUUGUAGCACAGAACCCAAACACCUUUGAAGACUUAUCUGAAUUGACCGAGGAGGACAAAUAUCAUUUGAGGCGAGAGUAUACCCACAAAUGGCACUUACCAAAGGCCCUGUAUUUCAGUAUUGGCUUGUGCUCUCUUGGAUCAGCGAUCCAGGGAUGGGAUAACACUGGCGCCAAUGGCGCCAAUCUUUCUUUCCCACAAGAAUUUGGCAUUGAAGACAAUGCGUGGUUGGUUGGGGUCAUCAAUUCUGGUGCGUGGGCAUCAGACCCUCUGAAUAAUUGGCUGGGUCGUCGGGGCACUAUAUUCGUGACCGGCUUGUUCUGCGUUUUCCCCGUUCUUGCGCAAGGCUUUACCCAAAACUGGUGGGGCCUCAUGCUGUGCCGUCUAUUCAUGGGACUCGGUAUGGGUGUUAAGAUAUCAACUAUUCCGGUCUUUAGUGCCGAGGUUAGUCCGGCCUCUAUUCGAGGUGGCCUGGUCACAAGUUUCCAGCUCUGGGUGGCAUUUGGAAUUCUAGUUGGGUUCUGCUCUAAUUUAGUAUUCUACCGCAUUGGAGCACUGGCUUGGCGCUUCCAACUGUCUGCUGCCUUUGCCCCGGCUAUACCAGUGCUGAUAUUUGUGUGGUUUUGCCCCGAGUCGCCAAGAUGGCUUAUGAAGAAGUAUCGCUAUAAGGAUGCCUUCAUGUCUUUCUGUCGCUUGCGUAACACGGAACUGAUUGCCGCUAGAGAGCUGUACUACGCACAUUGUCAGGUAGUCACCGAGCGCGACGCAUUCUCGGGCGAAUCUCUUGCCCAUCGAGUUUGGGAGCUAUUCACCGUACCCCGCCUCCGUCGAGCUAUGAUCUCGAGUGCAAUCGUCGUCACAUCACAACAGUUUUCCGGUAUCAAUAUUAUGAGCUUUUACUCAUCCACUAUCUUCUCGGAGGCUGGAUAUUCAACGCGAGAUUGUCUACUUGCCUCUCUUGGCUUCGGUUUGGUCACAUUUGUCUUUGCCCUACCAGCUGUCUUUACCAUGGACACUUUUGGUCGACGCAACCUUCUCUUGUUUACGUUCCCAAAUAUGGCUUGGUGUCUCCUGGCGGCAGGCUGUUGCUUCUUGCUUCCCACGGGGUCUGAAGCCCGAGUGCCUCUGAUUGCCUUCUUUGUCUACCUGUUUUCAGCAUUUUACGGACCAGGAAUCGGACCUAUUGCCUCGAUCUAUUUCAGCGAGGCUUUCCCGCUAUCCCACCGUGAACUGGGGGCCGCCUUCACGAUUUGCGUCAAUAACUCGAUAGGGAGUGCUCUCAGCCUUACAUUCCCAUCAUUGUUAAAGAAGACAACGCCCACUGGUGCUUUCGGAUUCUAUGCGGGAUUAAACAUUCUCGCUUUUCUGAUCAUCUUCCUCGUGGUUCCGGAAACAAAACAACGUACGCUUGAAGAGCUCGACUAUACCUUUGGUGUUCCGAUAAGCAGACAUGCGCGGUAUCAGACUCGUACUUGGUUGCCAUGUUUGACUUCUAAAACACCAAUUUUGUUCCUGCAUGGUUUUGGGUCCUGUAAAGAAGACCUGGCAGAUGUACAUAUCCACCCGUAUCUGAAACAGUAUGGGUAUAUCGCCUACGAUGCGCCAGGGUGCGGUCAUACCAAGAGCGAUACGCUCUCCGCCACGGAUAUACCUUUCCUUGUCGCUACUGCAGAAGCAUUCCUGGAACACUUCAAACUCACUCGCUUUCACUUGAUGGGCCACUCUAUGGGUGGGCUCACAGCGCUCUACCUGGCGCACCGCAACCCCGACCGGGUGCUGAGCUUUGUGGAUAUCAAGGGCAAUUUGGCUCCGGAAGACUGCUUCCUCAGCAGACAGAUCUUCACAUUCAAAUCAGAUGAUCCCGAGGACUUCUUUAAUGCAUUUAUCGACCGGACCCGAACCAGUGGGUCUUUCGGAAGUGCCCUGUAUGCGAGCACUCUUCGGGCGCGAGUUCGCGUCGAAGCAGUGCGACCAAUUUUCGAAUCGAUGGUACAGUUAUCCGACGAGGCAGAUCUGCUGGGAAUGUUCAUGGGGUUGCCCUUCCCGCGAAUGUUCAUGUUCGGAUGGGAGAUGAGAGGGUUGUCGUAUCUCGAAGAGCUAAAGAAGGGGGGUGUGGAAUUGGCGCAGAUCGAAGAGUGUGGACAUUUUCCCAUGUACUCCAGCCCGCUGGAGAUGUAUCGUCAGAUGUCGAUAUUUCUAGAUAUGAUUGGGCGCAAUUAG